AUCUAACUUCUAAAGAGAGAAAUUUAAAGUUCAUUUGUCUAAGUUUUUUUCUUAAUUUGUUGUUAUGGCAGAUAGUAAAGAAGCAGCACAAGUUAUAUCAAUUACCAUAUACCCACUCAAAUCAUGCCGUGGUAUUUCAGUUCCUGAAGCAGCCCUUUCUUCUACUGGAUUUCGAUGGGAUCGGCAGUGGAUCGUUGUGAACUCCAAAGGUAGAGCAUGUACUCAAAGAGUAGAGCCAUCGCUUGCUCUGGUUGAGGUUGAACUGCCAAAUGAGGCAUUAUCAGAGGGCUGGGAACCAAAUCCAAGCUCAUUUUUAGUGAUAAGAGCUCCUGGUAUGGAUGUGCUUAAAGUCCCACUGGCUGAACCAUCUGAAGUAGCAAACGGUGUCUCCGUGUGGGAAUGGUCUGGCUCUGCUUUGGAUGAAGGAGAUGAAGCAUCAAAGUGGUUCUCCAAAUAUCUAGGGAAACCUAGUCGUCUCGUAGUUUCAAUGAAGGUAUGCUCCUAUGUCCCCUUUGUAACCCGGUUUGAGCUAAAGCUACUAAGUUCUGUCAAAUCCGUUGCCACUAUUGCGAGUCCUCCCCUAAGACCACAAAAAGUAGUUAAAGAUGUGUGCAUCCGGAAAAUAAGGGAUGUGCUCAGCCGUAGUCAUUUCACUAAUUUUUUUGCUCAUGCAGUAUCACAGUCUAGACCUACCGACCCUAACUAUGCUCCUGGGUACAAAAUAAAAUUUAAUGAUGCAUAUCCCUUCCUCCUUAUAUCCCAGAAAUCACUGGAUGUAUUAAACGAGCAACUCAAGGAGCCUGUGUCAAUCAACCGCUUCAGACCAAAUAUCCUCAUUGACGGAUCUAAUCCAUUUUGUGAAGAUUUAUGGAAGGAUGUCAAAAUAGGUGAAAAUACAUUCCAUAGCACAGAGUUAUGCUAUCGCUGCAAGGUAAAGGUUAUCCUUUCUCUAAAUCUCGAUGAUAACCAUUAUUUAGGGGAUUUUUAAUUGUUG